UUUCCCUUCUGCCCCAAACACGUUCACACACACACACACAGAGCAGGCGAGCAAGGGAGUGCUUGCACGGGGUGGCUGUUCUCCUCGCACUCUUGUUCUUCUUGUUCUCUUCUUGUUCUUCUUGUAACACACCAACCACACACACACACACACACACCACACCGCCAAGCCAUACACGCACACAAGCACACCACCACCACCAUGGCGCGAAGCGGGCCCAAGGUGAUGAGCGCGGAGAAAAUCCGCGCAGCUGUGCUUGGAAGGGACCGUAACCCCGUGGCGUAUGACGAGGCCGUGGCUGCGUGUCGCAGCGGCUUCCGCGAGGGCGGGCCGCCGCUCAUCAAGGCAUGGAUCCUGCAGCUCACCCGCUGCGUCUCCUGCUUUGGCCAGAAGACACACCACAUGAUCGACGUCGUGCUGGCGCAAGACCUGUGGGCCGUCGCAGACGCGCGCGAACCCUUGCUAGAGUUCCUCACCGCCCUGGUCUCAAGCUGCUCUCUGUACGGCGAAGCGUGCAUGAGCUACCUCAUCAAGUACCUCUACCGGCCCUUGCCCGUGAGCCAGGCCGCCAACGUGGAGGCCAUCGAGGCUCUGCGCAAGGAGCUCGAUAUCAAGGUCCUGCACACCCUCUACGAGAUUCUCCGCAACACCCCUGGCCAGAUUCGCAACUUUGUCCACGUGAUCAAGUGCCACGUCCCGCACCAGAGCCACCCAGACUACGUGCACGAGAAGUUUUGCCACAACAUCUACGACUUCACCCUCGCCUUCCCGCACAUCAUCAAGCCCGUGCUGCAGAUCAUGGUGGCGCAGCUCAUCAAGCUCGACGCCGACAUCAACGCCGUCAUGGCUUUUGCACCAUCCCCAGCUACCACGUCCCCGCCACCAGACGCCACAAAGCCUUCGCCACAACAACAACAACAACAGCAACAACCGCAGCAGCAGCAGCUACAGCAUCCGCAAAAAGGACAGCCGGGCGUCGCUGCCAGCAGUGGCCCGGCAGCGAAGCAAGCGCAGAGCAGGAGUGGCGACGCUACCACAGCACAAGCAGGCGAGGGCGACGACGAGAAGGAAGCCGAGGAGGAAGAGGAUGAGGAGGACACGGGUCCCGGUGCUGUGGAGCGACGAAAGCUGGACACCGUCCUCAGCUACACGCUUGACUUUGUCAACCACAAGCUGUACGAGGAAGGCGGGAAUCCGGACGAGCUGUUUGAGAUGCUCAUGUCCAUCUUCGACGAGCAGGUGCUGAUGGCCUACCACACCUCGCACGUGCAGUUUAUCUGGUUCUACGCGGCCCACUAUGGCGAGAACCAGCUUGCCAGGCGCUUUGUGCAGGAGUGCAUGGCCAAGCUCGGCGACCCGACGAUUGCCGUCAUUGUGCAGCAGGCAGCCAUUGCGUACGUGGGCAGCUUUGUUGCCCGUGCAAACUACCUCAGCCUCAACUUUGUUGCCUCCGUGAUUGAGGAGUGCGUGGACUGGGCCAAGGCAUACAUCGACCGCCACCGCACCGACACCCCAAACGUGCACCGCCACACACCGUUUUAUGCGCUGUGCCAGUCGCUCUUCUACAUGCUCUGCUUCCGCGUGCGCGACUUUAUGGACGAGCCCGACGGCCACCGCUGGCUCAAGUCGCUUGGCCUCGAGACCAUCGUGCGCUGCUCCCUCAACCCGCUCAUGGUCGUCACCCCGGCCGUUGUCGACGAGUUUGCCCGCGCCAUGCGCGCAUACGAGGUGAUGCUGUGCGACGUGGAGGUGCUGCGCAACCGCAACGCGAGCGUCGGGGCGGGCACCUCUGCCCACAUUGUGGCGGCGGUGGAGAACGGCGACCUGUGUCUCAACGACCUCGAGUUCUUCUUCCCGUUUGACCCCAUUGCUCUUCCCCGCAGCCUGCAGUUUGUGCAGCAGCUGUACAAGGUGUGGGUGCCCCCAGUGUGCGCUGGCGACCUUGCCGCGCCCUCGCUCAAGGGCGUGCGUGCACACAGCUCGGCAGAUGCACCCAGCCCACACACCGACGACGCUGUUGAUGAUGAUGACGACGAUGACGAUGAUGAUGGUGAUGGUGAUGAGGAGAGCGUGUUUGAUGACAACACAGAAGAUGAAGGCGCCAGUGAGCGCGAGGACAACGGACGCGGCGGUGGUGAUGGUGGGGACGGUGUCGUAGCGGUGACGCGGUCACAGCAGCACUCUGACGAGGAGCACCUUGUUGAUGAAACCGAGCACAUGCGCAUCGAUGCCACCUCCCCACCCAGCGGCGCCGCCACCACCGCGUUCCUCUCCUCCUCCACGCCGCCAUUCACAGCGUCGUCGUCUACGGAGAAGAGCAAAGACAGCAUGGAUGCGGCCAUCAAGGCUGCCCUGGAGAAGAGUGCGCCAACCAUGUCCACAACAGCGCGCGCGCGUGCACGGCAGCGGGCGGCGCGACGAAGCAACCCGACCAGCGGGUCACGCAGCCGGCGUGCGUCGCGCCACAACUCACCGCCAGCAGCAGCCAAGACAGCGCCAGCCACUGCCGGCACCACGGCUGUUGUGAACGGCGAUUUGGUGGCGAAGCGAUCGCGCGGGAGCAUGGGCAACGUGGCUGUCGUGGUGCGCGACACCAUUGUUGGGUUGAGCGAAACUGGGUGUGUCACCACCAAGGCGGCGAGAAAAGCUGCUGUCGGCGCUGAUGAUGAUGAUGAUGAUGAUGAUGACGAUGAUGACGAUGACUACUUGUUGCCUGAGGAUGGGGAUGAUGAGACAGCCAAGGUGCAGCAGCAAAUCACAACGCUGCAACAGUUUUCAGUUGGCGACGCCGUCCUGUGACCAUGAAGCAUCAUGAUAACGACUCUUGUUUUGUGUGUGUGUGUGUGUG